AUGGUCUUUAAAGACCAAUCAACCUUCCCUGAAAUGGGCAAGAAAACUGAGAAAAUCAGGCCUUCCGUGCUCCCGGAAACCUUUCGGCCAACUCUGCGGCUGACUCCAACGGGCCCUGAGUUCACCACCGGAGAUUCUGUUACCCUGACGUGCUCAGCUCCCAACUGGAAGAAGAAGAUGGGGUUCUGCUUCCUCAAGGCUGGGGAACAAGUUGCAUGCACAAGACAGGUGCUGGAGGACUCUCAGAGUUACCAGAUUGGCAGACUCGGCAUGGAGGAUUCUGGCUCAUACACCUGUAUGUACCGCGUAGCCGAACCUGGGCAGGAGAUCUCCUCCCUAGAGAGCCAGCCCAUCUCCAUCACAGUCACAGGUGUCCCACUCCCCCCGCUGGCCCCCCAAAUCAUUCUGGUCCCCCCAAAAGACAUCUAUUUUCAGGGGGAACAUGUCAAGCUCACCUGCUCAGUUUCUGGCAGCGAGCAGGUGAGGGGAUACAGAUUCUAUCACCAAAGAGGGGAGCAGAUCUCCGAGCUGGAUGAGGGGCCUUGGCUAGAGCGUGUGCUUAUGACUGGGAAUGCUGGGGUGUACUGCUGUGCUUAUUGGAUAAUCCGAUCUGAGCAAGCCAUCAUGUCAGGCAAAAGCGAAUCCAUCUCCAUCAUUGUGACUGCUCCUCCACUGGCCCCCAAACUCUCUCUGCAUCCCAAGCUCCCUGUGUACCUGCCUGGGGAGAAGGUCACCCUCAACUGCUCAGCCCCCCGUGGCGAGGAGGUGGCGGGGUUCAGGUUCCACCUGCACAGAGGGGAUAAGACCCCGGAAGAGCUGCUAGCUGCCAGCGGGGGGGCCCAGAUGGAGCUCACGGUGCAGAUGGGGAAUGAUGGGUUCUACACUUGUCAGUACUGGAGAUGGGAGGCCGGGCAGGAGAUUGUAUCUGAGAACAGUAUCAGCAUCACUGUACCGGUGUCAGACCCCCUUCCCCAGCCGGUGCUGAGCGUGUAUCCCUCAUCUGGAGCAGUGAGUGAAGGGCUCCCCCUGAUCAUCACCUGCAUGGCCCCUGGUGACCUCGGUGUGUGGAGAUUUCACUUUUACAAGGACAGAACUGAGAUCAUCCCCAGAGAUGAGGGGUCUGAGAUCAGCACCAUGGAGUCCGUCUCCAGAUCUAUAAACGUUUCUGUGCUCAGCAUCCCACGGACUGGUCCUAACAACACUGUUGAAUUCACCUGUGGGUACGAGAAGAACAUGAGUGGGAGGUGGAUCCAGUCCCCCAGGAGCCGGGCUGUGAAUGUUACCUGGAAUGUCACCAGGAAUUACAGCUGGAGAGGCUGGGAUCUGCUCCUCCCCUUGGUGGCUGGUUGCGGUGGUGGAGGAGCCACUCUGGGGCUACUGGUUCUUCUUGGCUGCUGCUGCUGCAGAAGAAAAAAGAAAGGUAGCAGCAAGACAGCAGCUGGGUAA